CUACCUGGCGCAGCACCAGGUUUAGAGUAACGCUGCACCUCCGGACUUUCACCUGCUUUCACCAAAAACACAUGAUACCGAGGUGAAGCUGGUGAACGGACCAAAGUCCUGUUCCUUUAAAACUAGGUAGCAGUUGCACAGACAGCAGUGUGUCGAUCAAACCGAGGCAGAGUUUAUUCUUUAAACGCGCAGUUUGGACGCAAUGGCUCGGUACGCGCGCGUGAAGGGAUCAAUCGCUUUGAUCACACUGACUAACCCACCUGUGAACGCGCUCAGUGCUGCAGUACGGAGGGGAAUCAUGGAGUCGGUGAGCCGGGCGCUGAAGGAUGAGCAGGUGAAGGCCGUGGUGUUCUGUGGAGAGAAUGAGAAGUUCUGUGGAGGAGCAGACAUUAAGGAGUUUUCAGGCUCCAUGUCCGGUCCUCCUCUGGUUCCACUGAUCCAUUCCAUUGAGGCCGGGGAGAAGCCGAUGGUGGCGGCCAUAGAGGGUGUGGCUCUGGGGGGAGGACUGGAACUAGCGCUCGGCUGUCAUUACCGUGUCGCUAACACUAAAGCCUGUUUGGGUCUCCCUGAAGUGACCCUCGGUCUACUUCCUGCUGCUGGAGGAACUCAGCGUCUUCCUCGACUCAUCGGCAUCCCUGCGGCCCUGGAGCUAAUCACCACAGGUCGCCAUGUUUCAGCUCAGGAAGCUCUGCAACUCGGCAUUGUGGAUCAGGUUGCUCAGGGGAGCGCCGUGCAGGCUGCCAUGGAGCUCGCUCUCAGUGUUAUAGGUCAGCCGUUAAACCCCCGCAGGUUGAGUCUGCGGGCCCCUGUGUGGGCACCGGAUGUGGACGGUGUGUGUGACGCAGCUUUAGCACAGGUGAAGCAGCGUUCUCGGGGAGCGAUGGCUCCGGUGGCCUGCGUUCAGGCCGUCAGAGCAGCGGCCAUGUUGCCCUACAGUAAAGGAAUGGAGAGAGAGAGACAGCUGAUGGACACGCUCUUUAGGUCCGGCCAGGCUCAAGCCAUGCAGUAUGCCUUCUUUGCUCAGAGGAAUGCUGGGAAAUGGAGUCUUCCUAACGGGUCGCAGUGGAACAACACCAGGGCCAGGGAUGUCCAGCGAGCCGGAGUCAUAGGUCUGGGCACCAUGGGUAGAGGCAUCGCCGUAUCCCUCGUUAAAGCAGGAAUCUCCGUAGUUGCCAUAGAGACGGAUGCAAAGCAGUUGGAGUCGGGUAAGAAGGCGGUGACGGCCAUGCUGCAGAGAGACGCUCAGAGACGAGGAGUCAGUCCUCCGUUACACCUCCUCACGUUCACUCUCUCCUUCCACCAGCUGAGGGAUGUGGACCUGGUCAUCGAGGCCGUGUUUGAGGACAUGAACCUUAAAAAGCGUGUUUUUAGCGAUCUAUGCAAAGUGUUGAGGGCAAAUUCGCUAAUCUGCACCAACACGUCAGGGCUGAACGUGGACGAGCUCGCAGCAGUCACUGAUCGACAGCCCCUGGUGGUUGGGAUGCAUUUUUUCGCUCCAGCUCAUGUCAUGAAGCUUCUCGAAGUUGUGUAUGGAGCCAGAUCAUCUCCUGAAGCUGUUGCCACGGCAAUGGCACUUGGAAAGAGAAUAGAAAAGGUGUGUGUCGCAGUGGGCAACUGCUCUGGGUUUGUGGGUAAUCGCAUGCUGAAGCUUUAUCUGGAUCAGUCUGUCUACAUGCUGGAGGAAGGAGCCACACCUGAGCAAGUGGACCAGGCUCUGGAGGAGUUCGGAUUCGCCAUGGGGAUCUUCAAAGUGAGUGAUCUGUCCGGUUUGGAUGUCGGAUGGAGGGUACGAAAGGCUUCUGGUUUGAUCGGACCUGACGUCGAUCCAGUAAAGCCUUCACGAUGGCGGCUUGGACGGAGAUACUGCCCGCUUCCUGACAUGCUGUGCCAACAGGGACGCUUCGGACAGAAAACGGGCCGUGGAUGGUACCUCUAUGACUCUCCUGGGUCCAAAGAAGCGAAGUCUGAUCCGGAGAUCCAAACCUUCCUGGAGGAUUACAGGCGUAAAUAUGGAAUCAUACCACGGCGUAUCACCUCACAGGAAGUGAUCGAGCGAUGUGCCUUCGCUUUGGCCAAUGAGGGAUUCCGUAUCCUGGAGGACAGGAUAGCGGCAAGUCCGGAAGACAUCGACGUGAUCUACUUGUUCGGUUAUGGAUGGCCGAGACAUCGCGGAGGUCCGAUGUUUUACGCCAGUCAGGUCGGGUUGUCUGUAGUGCUGGAGAAACUGGAGCAUUAUCACCGCAUUCACCCGGACGUGCCGAGUCUGGAGCCGAGCCGCUUACUGAGGAGACUAGUGGCUGAAGGAAGUCCACCGAUACAGCAGUGGAAGAGUCAUAUCAAGAACCUGCGCAGUCACCUGUAAAGAGUCAAUUCAAGAACCUGCGCAGUCACCUGUAAAGAGUCACAUCAAGAACCUGCGCAGUCACCUGUAAAGAGUCAAUUCAAGAACCUGCGCAGUCACCUGUAAACUAGGUGAAAAAUGCUCAGAACAUUUUAAAGGAAACCUAAAAAAUCAGAAAUUACCACUGAGGCAGAACACCUCUCAUCAAGUAUCAGGAGAACAAACCUAACUUUACACUCGUUAACUGUUAACUAGCAAAUAAUUAUUAAUGAUGUGGUAACGAUUCUAUUGUUUUUGGUUCCAUUUUGUUCUGUUCUGUAGAACACUACACUGUUCUGCUCCAUUCAUGUCGUUUUUUUUUUUUUUUUUUUUUUUUUGUAUUCUGUGCUUUUGGUUCCAUUUUCUCAUCUUCUGUUUGGUUUGGUUCUCUUUAGUUCUUUUAUUUUCUUUUUGGUUUUGUUUUGUUUUUUUUUUGUUCCAUUUAUUCUGUUUUGUUAUUUUGGGAUCCGGUUCUUUCUGUUCUGUUGUACUUGGUUUUAUUUAGUUCUUUAGGGCUUUUUGUUCUUUCAAUUCAUUGUGUUUUGUUCUGUAUCAUUCUGUUCCCUUGUUCCUAAGGAGGAAAAGUUUAAGGUGGAUAUUUAGAAUUGUAAAUUCAGUCAUUCGUGUAAAAAUGUAAGUCAUUCAGUUUGGUUCUGGUGUGUGGUUUCUGGUUGGUUCUGGUGUGUCGGUGGUGUGAGGUACCGUGUGCUGAUCUGUCGUCUCUGUUCAGUGUAAAGCAUUAGUGUGUGAGAUGGUACUGUGUGCUGACUUCGAGGACGCUGACUUCGGGAACACUGACUGACUGACUUUUUAAUUUUAUUUUUUAACACUAUUUUGUGUUUAACACUAUUUUAUUUUAUUUGUUAACACAUUUUAACAAACACAUUUUUUUAAACAUGAGCCCUUCAGAUGGGAUUAAAUGCACAUGGGGUCCCGGGGAAAUUUCCUGUUUUACAGGAGCUACUCUGUGAUUUUAUUUCUGUUCAGAUCGGCCAUGUCGGCGUUCUUCUACGUCCUCCUUUGAGAAAAUUACAGGCUGAAUUACCUGUAAUGUUUUUCACCAAACUUAGCGUAAUAAUUCAGAUACACUUGUGUGAUUUUCUCUGCAGAUGUCACCUCGUGUUGGAAAAAAAGCUGUUUGACUGAUGUUACUGCUCUCGUGGUGUGUAUCAGUGCCCCUUCCCCAGAUAUUAAACACUUCCCGAGUCGCCAAAUGAUAAAUAGAUGCUUCUUGUACACUUCGUGUUUUCAAAUUGUUGCUGGAACUUUGGUUCACACCAAACUGCAGUUAGAGCCAGCGUCACGUCUCGGGUUCAUAGAAAAUAUAACUCGCUAGAAACUCGCUCCUCCUGUGGUCGUUAUACAGCUGUUUGGAUGUGAGAGUUUAUCACUGAGGACACGUGUAAACAAUUAUCACUGACAUCCUCCUGAUGAACUAAUCCAAUCCCAAUAGGGGAUAUAGUCACAUGAUGAGAUUGUGGACCGUGAUUGGUCAGGGAGAAUAGAUUUCAGAACGAUAUGGACUCAGUGUGCUGUUAGUGUGUUGAGUGCAGGAUUAAUGAUGAAUGAUUAAGAAAAAAUAAUUAAUAUUUAUCCAUCCUGUUUAAUAGUACUUUUUUAUAUUCUGUUUAAAUGCUUGUGUUAAUUUUUAAAUUUGUUUUAAAAACUACAAACUACAAAUGGACAUUACAGUAAUCAGAAAUAUUAUCAGAUGAAUGCAGCAGUAAUGCGAAUAAAGCACAGUAAAAAGGUGUAAUAAAAUAAAGAGAAAUUAUAUAUUUUUCGUAAUAAUUCCUAUGUUUGGUUUGCAUGCUGCGUGACAGCGUGAAUAUAAUGUGAAUGUGGUUCUGCUGUGUGAAAUGUGAACAGCUACUACUUGUUAAUAAUUACAUACGUGUGAGAGCUCGCGCAGGUACAUGACGAUUUACUGUAUCGAGACUAAAUACUUUAUUUUAAAAUCAUUACUACAGGCAGUAAACUGUGAAUUUAUAUUUAUAAAAUUUAUUAUAAUGAAUUAAUAAAAUUCAGUAAUAAAUAA